UCCUGAUCCCUUGUUCUUCUUCAAAGAGAGAUAAAGAAACAAAGCUUUAUGGAAACCAAAGGAUUGGUGAAUUGUUUUCUUCUUUCUUUAUUCUUAUCUUUCUCGUUUUCCUUUGAUCGUGGUGUUCAAGGCCGAUUACUCUCUAUCUACAAACCCCAACCUACCGAUUCUGUUCAUUUUGCCCGCUGGCUUGUCUCUCAGAGCUCCUGGGGCGUCCUCAAUACAAUUUCUAGUGAUUUGGGUGGAUCACCUUUUGGGAAUGUGGUUUCAUUCAGUGAUGGAUUACCUAACAAAGGACAUGGGAUUCCAUAUUUUUACUUGACAACACUUGACCCAACUGCUAGUAAUGCUUUGAAAGAUGACCGUGCUUCAUUUACAAUCAGUGAGUUCCCAAUUGGAACUUGUGGAACUGCAGAUCCUGAGAACCCCACUUGUGCUAAAAUUACUCUUACAGGAAAGUUGAAGGUGGUUGAUGGGAAUAAUGAUGAAGCAGAAUUUGCUAAAACCGCAUUGUUUACAAAACAUCAAGAGAUGAAGGAUUGGCCCAAGGGUCAUAAUUUUCAGAUCUUCAAACUAGAAAUUGAAGAUAUAUUCAUGAUUAAUUGGUAUGGUGGCCCUAAACCUGUUACUGUGGACCAAUACCUACAUGCUAAAGAGAAUAACAGUCUAUACGAUGCCUAAUCCAUUCAUAUGUUGGACUUGAAGUGAUCCAAAGGUGUGAUGUAUCAUGUCUCUUUGUAAAUAUUGAUGAACAUUGUUAAUCAUACAUGUAAUCUUUGAACCCUGUUUGAACAGGAGGAAUAAACUCAAAACAUUAUCUCUGCACAUGUCCAAAGUUCUUUUGAUAUUAAUGGAAUAUUGAAUUGGAGGUUAUGAAUUA